AGGGGGCGGGGCGGGGCCUGGUGGCUGCGCCGAGCCGCUAGGUGAGCGAAGCAGACCCAGCAGCCGCGGCUCCUCGGCACUCCGCCCAGCACCUGCUGCCCUCGCCCGACCCCGGGCGCCGCUGCCAUGCGGCUGGCGCUGCUCUGGGCCCUGGGGCUCCUGGGGGCGGGCAGCCCUCUGCCCUCCCGGCCGCUCCCAGAUAUAGGUGGCACUGAGGAGAAGCAGGCAAGGCCAGAGAGGGCCCUGAAUGGGUCUUCGGAGCCCCAGAUCCUUCAGGACAACCUCACGCUCAGCCUAGCAGAGGUACUUCAGACCAGUCUGCCUGAGGCUUUGCGGAUCAAAUUGGAGUUGGAUGGUGAGAGUCAUAUCCUGGAGCUGCUACAGAAUAGGUCUCAGGCUGUGACUGCACCACCCUGGGAGCACUGCCCUCCUUCUUCUUCAUUCCACAGGGAGCUAGUCUCAGGCCGUCCAACCCUGGUGUGGUACCAGCCUGAUGGCACCCGGGUGGUCAGUGAGGGACACACUCUGGAGAACUGCUGCUACCAUGGAAAAGUGCAGGGCCACGCCGACUCCUGGGUCUCUGUCUGCACCUGCUCCGGGCUCAGGGGCUUGGUGAUCCUGUCCCCAGAGAGAAGCUACUCCCUGGAGCUGGGGCCUGGGGACCUCCAGGGUCCCCCUGUUAUCUCCCGGCUCCAAGACCUCCUCCUGGCAGGCCACACUUGUGCCCUGAGCUGGCCUGCAUCUGUGCCCACUCAGGCUCCACCAGAGCACCCCCUGGGACAGCGUCACCUUCUCCGGUGGAGGCGGGACGUGGUGACAGAGACCAAGAUUGUUGAGCUGGUGAUUGUGGUUGACCAUUCCGAGGUCCAGAGGUACCGGGACUUCCAGAGCCUGCUGAACCGCACCCUGGAAGUGGCCCUCCUCCUGGACACAUUCUUCAGGCCUCUGAAUGUCCGGGUGGCGCUCGUGGGCCUGGAGGCCUGGACCCAGCGUGACCUGAUAGAGAUAAGCCAGGACCCAGGUCUCACACUAGACAGCUUCCUCCGCUGGCGCCGGACAGACCUGCUGCCUCGGUUGCCCCACGACAGUGCCCAGCUGGUGACUGCCACUUCAUUCUCUGGGCCCAUGGUGGGCAUGGCCAUUCAGAACUCCAUCUGUUCUCCUGAAUUCUCAGGAGGUGUGAACAUGGACCACUCCACAAGCAUCCUGGGAGUCGCCUCCUCAAUAGCCCACGAGUUGGGCCACAGCCUAGGCCUGGGCCAUGACUCACCUGGGAAUAGCUGCCCCUGUCCAGGUCCAGCCCCAGCCAAGAGCUGCAUCAUGGAGGCCUCGACAGACUUCCUGCCAGGCCUGAACUUCAGCAACUGCAGCCGACAGGCCCUGGAAAAAGCCCUCCUGGGUGGAAUGGGCAGCUGCCUCUUUGAACGGCUCUCCGGUCUGCCCUCUAUGGCCAGUGUCUGCGGAAAUAUGUUGGUGGAGCCCGGCGAGCAGUGUGACUGUGGCUUCCCAGAUGACUGCACUGAUCCUUGCUGUGAUUACUUCACCUGCCAGCUGAGGCCAGGGGCACAGUGCGCGUCCGAUGGACUCUGUUGUCAAAAUUGCCAGCUGCGCCCGGCCGGCUGGCAGUGCCGCUCUACCAGAGGUGACUGCGACUUGCCCGAGUUCUGCCCAGGAGACAGCUCCCAGUGCCCCCCUGAUGUCAGCCUGGGGGACGGUGAGCCGUGUGCUGGUGGACAGGCUGUGUGCAUGCAAGGACGCUGUACCUCCUAUGCCCAGCAGUGCCAGGCUCUCUGGGGGCCUGGGGCCCAGCCCGCCGCGCCACUUUGCCUCCUUACUGCCAACACUCGGGGGGACGCCUUUGGGAGCUGUGGGCGCAGCCCUGAUGGCAGCUAUGUGUCCUGUGCCCCUAGAGAUGCCAUUUGUGGGCAGCUCCAGUGCCAGGGAGGGAGGGCCCAGCCUCUGCUGGGCUCAGCCCGGGAUCUUCACUGGGAGAUGCUGGAAGCCAACGGGACCCAGCUGAACUGCAGCUGGGUACACCUGGACCUGGGCAACGACGUGGCCCAGCCCCUGAUGACUCUGCCUGGCACAGCCUGUGGCCCCGGCCUGGUGUGCAUCGACCAUCAAUGCCAACCGGUGGAGAUCCUGGGAACACAGGAAUGUCGAAGCAAAUGCCACGGGCAUGGGGUCUGCGACAGCAACAGACGCUGCCACUGUGAGGAGGGUUGGGCGCCCCCAGACUGCACCACCCACAUCAGAGCAACCAGCUCCCUGACCACAGGGCUGCCCCUCAGCCUCCUGUUGUUGCUGGUCCUGGUGCUGCUUGGUGCCAGCUACUGGCACCGUGCCCGCCUGCGCCAGAGACUCUGCCAGCUUAAGGGACCCAGCUGCCAAUACAGGGCAGCCCAGUCUGGUCCCCCCGAACGCCCAGGACGCCCGCAGAGGGCUCUGCUGAUGCCAGGUGCCAAGCAGGCUAGUGUUCUUGGCUUCCCGGCCCCUCCCUCCAGGCCGCUGCCUCCUGACCCUGUGCCCAAGAGACUCCAGGCUGAGCUGGCUGACCGACCCAAUCCCCCCACCCGCCCUCUGCCCGCUGACCCGGUGGUGAGGUACCCGAAGGUAACAGUGGGGGGAGAGAAGGGCACAGCCUCUCCCCCCACCCAGGGCUGUGGUGCUGGUAGCCUUGGCAGUGGUGCUGGUAGUAAGAUGCCCCCUGUGACUAAGGGCACAUACCCCAGUGGCAUCUUUAAUGGUGACAGUCUCAGGGGCCCACCAAGCCUCCACCCCCGAGAAAACCACUGCCUACUGACACUCCGGGUCAGCACCCUUCGGCUGACCUGCCUGGCCCUGGAGCUGGAAUCCCGCCCCCAGUGGUACCCUCCAGGCCUGCGCCGCCGCCCCCAGCAGUGUCCUCGCUCUACCUCUGACCUCUCCUGAGGUUCCGCUGCCUCCAACCUGGACUUAGGACUUCAACAGGCAGACCCCUGGAGUCCCCUGCGGUGACCGAAGGAGCUGGGGCCUGGACACUAUGGAACAGGAGUCUUAAAACACUGACACCGGGCACCUCCACUUGCUGUCGAGCAGCACCCUGGGGACCCGCCCACGCAGUGGCAUCUUGGGGUUGGGGAGUGUCUGGGAGCUGGACGGAGCUGAGGGAGGUGCGCACAGCCUGUCUCUGCAGAACUGCAAUAAAAGAGAGGUCUUGGGAGCGUG